UGGAACAGCAGCGAUGGGAGCUUCACAGACGCGCACCAGGCACAAAUACCAGGACCUGGCGGAGAAAACAGGAUUUUCUUUGGAGCAGAUUCAAAACCUGCACAAAAGAUUCAAGCAACUGAGUCAAAAUGAAGAAACAAUAAGCAAAGAAUGCUUGGCCAGCAUACCAGCUCUCGACAACAAUCCGCUAAGAAAGCAAAUCAUCGAAGCCUUCUUUGAUAAAAGGAACCAGCAUGAGGAGGAGGUGGGCUACUUUGAAGAGAUUGGCUUUGAGCAGUUCCUCAUGGUCAUGUCCCACUUCCGUCCUCCGAACCUGAAGACGACAGAGGAGGAGAAGGAAGUUAUGAGAAAGGAGAAGCUUCGCUUUCUGUUCAACAUGCAUGAUACAGACAAUGACGGCAUCAUCACUCUGGACGAGUACAGGAAGGUGGUGGAGGAGCUUCUGUCAAAAAGUGGAGCCAUCGGGCUGGAAGUUGCCAAGGGGAUAGCAGAUGCUGCCAUGUUGGAAGUGGCGAGCACAAAUGUGCCCCACAUGGGUCCAGAUGACUUCUAUGAAGGAAUAUCAUUUGAGCAUUUUGAACAGAUUUUAAAAGACCUUGAGAUGGAGUCUAGGAUGCACAUCCGCUUUUUGGAUGUAGACACCACAACAAUGCGUUGUGGGAAGGCACAGUCUUGAAGGAGCUCUUUUACAGAAAUGUUUAUGUUGCUGCUGUUUUUAGCAGAACUUCUCCAGCCCUUAAAUGGAAUGAAGAAAAACACUUUUGAUAUUAGAUAUGCACUAAUAUUUUUGGACAGGGAAGGAAAUAGGCAUAGACGUACAUUUUUAUACAACCUGCAAAGACUGCCUGCUGUUUAUGCAGUUUAAGGUUUGAAAAGGUAUUCAGAGACUUGAGUAACUUCUCUAGUUAAUUCAUUUUGUUAAUUCAUUUUUCAAGCGAUGGAUUGUGAAAAAAGCAAGUGUCAUACAUUCCAAAGAGAUGAAUUUCCCCUCUUUUGUCUCAGUCCUAUUUUAUCAUGUUUCAAACUAAGACACUACCUCUUGCUGAUUUUCUGUCUUCUCAAACGAAGCUAUUUUACAAAUCUGUAUAUAAUCAGUGUGAUGUGAAUGUUUCUUUCUGCUUUAAUCAAAAGAGAGUGACACGUUAUUUAAAGUCAGUCAUGCUCAGUGGCUGCUCUGGCAUCCAUGGGUCAUCUCUUAUGGACAACAUCCAAAGCAUGAGACUGCUGGCACAUACAGUACCAUUCCUCUGCAGCUCCAGAAUAGUUGCAGGUUUAAUUUAUGUGUCCCUCUGAGACUUUGUGUAACCAAAUACUGUUGUUCCACCCAGAAAAAGCCAGUCACCCAGAAUGAUGAACUAUUCUUUGACUGCAAGUAAAUACAUAAAAACACUUUACUUUCCCAAAGAUGAAUUAUUAAA